AUCACGCUUCGUGUCUUAAACUCGUGCAACUCAGCGGUAAAGUGAAAAAUAAUUAACUAUAGAAAUAUCAAGAUUUCGCUAAAAGUAUAAAAAGUUUUGGAAUAAUUAAUCCGCUUAUUGCUCACAGCAUUUGAAGCAUAAAGUGGCUCAUCUUUAAAAAAUAAACCAAAAAGUAAAGCAAGAGCUUUGUCCACAGAAUACCUGAUGAAAAUAUGCUACAGUGAGUAAGGACACCGGAAGGAGCAAACAAAACAACUGUGAAUAAGCACUAAGUUUAAUAAAGGAGUAAAAGAAAAAAAAACAAUAUAAAUACAAUUGCUGCCAUAACAACAAUCAAGUUAAAAGUAGUAGCAACAGUUGCAGCUUAAUUGCUGCAUUUGGAGUACACCCCAAAGGACGAGGGAAAAACAUUAUAAACAAUUGCGGAAAUUAUAAUAAAUGAUGUUGCAAUCCUUGAAGUUGCGCGCUGAUAAACUAACUGGUAUAACAGCAGCAGCAACAGCAACAGCAACACCCACAUCCACACCCCCACCAACCAACACCGCAGUAGCAGCAGCAGCUGUAGCAGCCGCAACCGCAACAGCAGCAACGAGCGGCAAUCCAAUUUUAUUUCCAACACCUGUUGCUGUUGCUAAUACAAAUCCAAAUGCAAAUUUUAUUGGAAAUGGUAGCUUUCAUAAUAUAGCCAACAACAAUAGCAACAGCAACAGCAGCAGCAGCAGCAACAGCAAUAAUAGCAUCAUUAAUAAUACUAAUAGUAUUAACAGCAUCAACCGUAGCCAUAUCAACAAUAAUAGCAAUUUAACUAACAACAGCUCUGUUGCGGAUAAAAAUAAUUUGAAUAAUUUACAGCAACUACAACAGCAACAGCAGCAUUUUCAUACCAAGUAUUUAGAAACAACAGCAAUUUUGUCGGCAACAACAGCACUCGCUGCAACAAAAACAUUAGUGACUACAAUUGCGACAACAACAACAAGUACUACCUCAGCAGUGAAAAAUUAUCAUCCAUAUUUACGUCCACCAUCAUCAACAACAGUCACUACAGCACUAUCAACUGCUGCACCGCCUGCAUCAGCGGCAAUAACAACAGGUGCAAUUGCUGCCGGUUCUGGGCUGUCAACAAAUUUUUUACCAUCUCUUUUGCCAAAUCAUAUUAAUUCCGUUACAACGCCGACAACGAUAGCAGCAACUCCAUUGCAAUUAUCGUUAUCAUUGCCAUUGCCGUUGCCGUUGCCAUUGCCAUUGCCAUUGCCAUUGCCGCAGCCGUUGUCAACCGCAAUAAUUCCGAUUACUACUGCUGUUGCAUCAACAACAAUUGCAACAAGCGGAUUAUUAACUUUGCCAAAAACAGCUGUUGCGGCUACUUUAUCAACAUCACCAACAACAUCACCAACAAUACCGCCAACAACAUCGUUCACAACAUCACCAGUGAUAAAUACAGCAGCAGCAGCAGCAUCCCAGCAGCAGCUUAAUUCCAACGUGAAUUCCAUAACUACAGUUGCCAAUCCUAGGAGCCAGUUGAUAGGACACUUCAAUAGUGAAAAAAUGUCUUUGGAUACUGAACAAGAAGAUCUUACAAACGCAAAUAUAAAUAAUGAACCUCCCAAUGAUUUUGUGGGAUUAGGUACUCCUGAACAUACAAGUUCUAUAAGUCCUGAUGAUGGGAAUGAUUUGGCGCUUGUCCUAAGAAACAACAACAACAAUCGAAGUGACACCAGUAUUGAUACUGGAAAUGAGUUUUCCAAGAGUGAACCAGAUCCUGAUAAUAUAAAAAUGUUUGUGGGUCAAAUUCCGAAGUCUUGGGAUGAGCCACAAUUGCGGAAAAUGUUUGAACAAUACGGACGUGUGCAUACUUUAAAUGUCCUGCGUGACAAAGUAACGUCGGUGAGCAGAGGGUGCUGUUUCGUUACGUACUACACACGCAAGGCCGCUUUGAAGGCACAAGAUGCCUUGCAUAACAUAAAAACCUUAGAAGGGAUGCAUCAUCCAAUUCAAAUGAAGCCGGCUGACAGCGAAAACAGAAAUGAGCGUAAACUCUUCGUUGGUAUGCUUAAUAAGAAGUACAAUGAGCCCGAUGUCAGACAACUGUUCAUUGGACAUGGUGCAAUUGAGGAGUGUACUGUACUACGUGACCAGAAUGGUCAGAGUAAAGGCUGUGCUUUUGUUACAUUCGCAACCAAGCAAAAUGCUAUUGGAGCUAUAAAGGCACUACACCAAAGUCAAACUAUGGAAGGUUGUUCUGCCCCCUUAGUUGUUAAAUUCGCCGAUACCCAAAAGGAGAAGGAUCAGAAAAAGAUGCAACAACUUCAGGCUAAUAUGUGCGGUAUAACUGCACUUACUACACCAUCUGCUGGUGCCAUUGCUGGCAUUGCACCAAGCACCACAACAAGUCUUAGUUCAAUGAAUGCCUUAGUUCCACCCAACAUGGCUGCAGCACGUUCUAAUUCCUCUAUGGCGGCUGCAUUAGCAGCUGUGGCCGCGACUCCAUCCAAUGCCGCCAAUCAAGCUGCUGCACUUGGAGCCAGUUCGGCUACAUUGACUGUAUCACCAGCUUUACUAGCUGCCGCCGCUGUAAGUGGUCCUCAACCACCAUCGCCAUUCCUAACAACCGCAGAUGCAAUGAGUGCCUCAGCUGCUCAAAUGCAACUGUUCCAACAACUACAACCCUACGGUAUAUCUUCCCCACAAUUUCUGUCAGGACUAAAUUUCCUACCGGAUCAUAGUGCGACCGCUGCAACAUUAUCCGGUACCAAUGUCGGCACUACUGUUUCAACAGCCGGCUCAGUUGCGCCUGCUACCCCUAGCAAUGCUACCACCAAUGGACUGAUGGCACCGCCUCAAAUACCAAUGUCGAAUCUGGUUGCGCUGACUGCACUUAAUCAGCAUCAUACAGGCGCACAUCACCACGUCCAUAUGCAACAACAGGCACAUAACACAGCAGCACGUAUAGUGAGUCCACAUAUGGCGCAGCUAAUGGCCAUUCAACAAUCAAUCGCCGCUGCAAACCCUUUGCAACAGACGCAACUACAAAGUGCCACAACUACACCGCUUUGGCAUGGAGCUGAGGCAUUAUCAACAUCCUUUAGUGCAUAUGUUCCAACAGCACAAUUGCCAACGGCCGCUUCACAUCAGUCUAUACCUGGAGUUGCUGGCCCCGAUGGAAGCAAUCUUUUCAUUUACCACCUUCCGCAGGAGUUCACAGAUGCCGAUCUCGCUUCUACUUUUAUUCCGUUCGGUAAUGUACUAUCAGCGAAAGUGUUCAUCGACAAGCAGACGAACUUGUCAAAGUGUUUUGGUUUCGUGUCAUAUGAUAAUCCACUUUCAGCCGGUGCAGCCAUACAAGCAAUGCAUGGAUUCCAAAUUGGCACGAAGCGCUUAAAAGUGCAAUUGAAGCGCUCCAAGGAUAAGCCUUACUAGGCGUAUAUAAAAAUUAAUAAUAAGAAAUCUAAAACUAAAAAUUU